AACUUGUUUUUUAAUUAAACAUACAUUUCAUUCAAUGGGGGUCGUAGUUUAUUCAUCUUUAUUCAUAUCUUUAUCACAAGAAUUCGGUUUGGCAGGACAUUCAUCCAAUCCAAUCCGAUCCUUCAUCCAAGUCGAGUUCUGCAUCAGCUGCGUCCCUGCGUAUUUUGUCUCUGCCAAUCUCCACGGAAUUAUGGCAGAGAAGACGUCGUCGACAGCGCAUUCACCCGAGCCGGAGGGCUCCAAAGACGAAUCGGAGGAUAAGGUGUUGGCCGAGGACGCUGCGGACGCCGAGGCAGUCGACGAAGAGCUUGACGACCUGCUCGACAGUGCCCUGCAGGACUUUGAAAAACCUUCCUCGAGUGGCAAUGGGGAACCACCCAAAGAAAAGAAAGAGAACUGCCUCAACCGGAGUGGUGGCGGACUGAAUGACCACCCAUGGACGGCAGAAUUCAGCCAGUUUGCAGACGUCAUGAACACUUUCCUGGAGGAAGAACCACAGCUCAAGGAGCAGUUCACCAAGAUCACCCAAACAGCCAACCGAGCAGCCACUGCAGCCACAGACGAGGAAUUUGCUGCCACCCUCAACGAAACUCUCAAGAGCAUCUCAGACACGGCUCUAUCUUUUGGUGAUGUUCCGUCGGAUGAGGAGCUCUCGCGGCUAAUGGGGUCACUGCAGAUGGAGGGGGCGUCGCCCAAUGGGGCUCCACCUCCUGGGGGUGUGCCCGGCCUGGUCUCCAUGAUGCAAGGCAUGAUGCAGAACUUGCUCUCCAAGGAGCUCCUCUACCCGGCCCUCAGGGACAUUGUGGACAAGUACCCCGAUUGGCUUGCUGAAAGGAGAGCGUCGCUGCCAGUGGCAGACUAUGAGCGCUACAACAGCCAGUACGAGCUCAUGAAACAGGUCUGCCAGGAGUUUGAACAGGAGCAGCCAGGAGAUUCUGCUGAGGUGAAGAGGACACGCUUUGACAGAAUACUCGCACUCAUGCAGAAGAUGCAAGAGUGUGGACAUCCCCCAAAGGAGCUGGUAGAAAUUAGCCCAGAGUUGGCCGGUCUGGAUGAGCACGGCAAUCCGUCCAUACCGGGAUUGCCCGAUCAGUGCUCCCUCAUGUAGCAACCUGACAGGAACAGAGGUGUGUGCGUGCUUAGACUCUGCUGGACAGUGUUAGUGCGUGCAUGGUGGUGGUGGGGCACAUGUGGGGUCGAGGGGCUCCAGGCACCCCUUAUCCUGCUGGGCGACUGAUCGCCCAAAAGCGACGCCUGCUGCUAAUCUGGUAGCACUGUAUAUUUGUACCUAGGUGUCAGCAUUUUCUAUCGACAGUACAAGUGCAAUAAAAGAUUUUAUGCAGCUAC